AUGGCCCUUUUCACUCCCUCUGACGCUUCUGCCAGACCUUCUUUAACGCGCGGUACCAGUAAUUUCUCGCAAAAAAUUCCAACUCCGGUCGCUAGUGCUGGAAUAACAUCGUCAGACGCUGAUGUUGACGCCGUUCUAGAGCUUUCUGACGGAUCAGCAUACCGAGGUAUCAGUUUUGGUGCCGAAGGAAAAAGUAUCACUGGAGAAUGUGUUUUUCAGACCGGAAUGGUUGGCUACACGGAAUCGUUGACCGAUCCCUCGUAUGAAGGCCAGAUCCUCGUUCUUACAUAUCCCUUGAUUGGGAAUUAUGGAGUUCCACAACGACCUGCCAAUCCCCUUGAUGACCUUCCUCUUGAGUUUGAGUCGUCUCGUAUACAUAUUGCCGCCCUUGUGGUUGGCUAUUACUCAAAAGAAUUCAGUCACUUCCUCGCGAAAUCGUCCUUGGCUGCAUGGCUAAAGGAGAACGGGGUCCCUGCUAUAUACGGCGUCGACACCCGUGUCCUGACUAAAAAGAUCCGAGAAAAAGGAUCUAUGCUCGGUAAAUUGCUGGCAAGAAACCCCGGAGCUCAUGCAGGUCGGAGACUUGCUAUUAAUCCGCCGCCAUCCGCGGCUCCAUCGAGAGCCUCAUCGCCAAAUUCUCGCUCCUCCUGGAGAGAGGACUAUCUUGACAUUCCGUUCUCGGAUCCUAACCGAACUAAUCUUGUUGCUGCUGUUUCCAUCACCGAGCCGCGUUUCUACAAAGCGCUUGGCACACCUUUACUUCAUCCCUCCGGGCGUCCUGUCCGCGUCCUCGUACUCGAUGUUGGGAUGAAAUACAACCAGAUCAGGUGCUUCAUUAAUCGUGGUGUUGAACUCAAGAUUCUACCAUGGAACUACGAUUUUCUCUCUGAAUCGGAACCCUAUGACGGUCUUUUCGUGUCUAAUGGUCCCGGAGAUCCAACCAUGGUAACAGAGACGAUUGCGCGCCUUUCUCGCGCCAUGGAACGCGCCGACCGACCCAUCUUCGGCAUCUGUCUCGGUCAUCAGCUGAUGGCGCUUGCUGCCGGGGCUACCACGUCGAAGAUGAAGUACGGAAAUCGUGGGCACAACAUUCCUUGCACCGACGCACUUUCUGGUAGAUGCUACAUCACCAGUCAAAAUCACGGUUUCCAGGUUGAUACCGACACCCUUCCUUCAGGGUGGAAAGAGCUCUUCCGAAAUGCCAACGAUAACAGUAAUGAGGGUAUCUACUGUGUAGAUAAACCAUUCUUCUCCGUCCAAUUUCACCCCGAGUCCACUCCUGGUCCACGCGACACUGAAUUCCUAUUUGAUGUUUUCAUCAAGAACAUUGUUGAUUGUGCCGCCACAAACUCUCUCGUUCCCAUUUCCAUGCCCGGUGGCAAAAAAGAGGAAAACGACAAGCGCAUUCCGAGGGCCAAAGUCAGUAAAGUGAUCAUUCUUGGUUCUGGGGGUUUGUCAAUCGGUCAAGCUGGCGAAUUCGACUACUCUGGAUCGCAAGCCAUUAAGGCUCUAAAGGAAGAAGGCAUCUACACCAUCAUGGUGAAUCCCAACAUUGCUACGAUCGCCACCUCCAAGGGAUUAGCGGAUAAAGUCUACUUCCUCCCUGUUACACCCGAAUUCGUGCGAAAGAUCAUCAAGUACGAGAAACCAGACGGUAUUUACGUGACCUUCGGAGGACAAACCGCGCUGAAUGUUGGAAUCAAGCUCAAGGAUGAAUUUGCUGAGCUCGGAGUUCAGGUUCUUGGAACACCGAUCGACACUAUUAUCACCACGGAGGACAGGCAAUUGUUCGCCAGCGCUAUGGAAGAGAUCGGCGAGAAGUGCGCGAAGAGCUUCACCGCCACUAAUCAGGACGAAGCGAUAACCGCCGCCAACGCGAUUGGAUUCCCCGUUAUUGUUCGAGCGGCGUAUGCUCUCGGAGGACUUGGUUCUGGGUUUGCGCAGAAUGCUGAACAGUUGAAGGCUCUUUGUAGGAAAGCUUUUGCUACUAGUCCUCAAGUUCUGGUGGAAAAAAGUAUGAAGGGGUGGAAGGAAAUCGAGUACGAGGUCGUUCGAGAUUGCAGGGACAAUUGUAUCACCGUUUGUAACAUGGAGAAUUUCGAUCCACUUGGUAUCCAUACCGGCGACUCCAUAGUCAUCGCACCUUCGCAAACUUUGUCGGACUCUGACUACAACAUGCUACGAACGACGGCGGUCAACGUCAUUCGGCAUCUCGGAGUCGUCGGAGAGUGCAACAUCCAGUAUGCGUUGAAUCCAGAAUCUCAAGAGUAUUGUAUCAUCGAGGUCAACGCUCGUCUCUCUCGAUCUUCCGCUCUCGCCUCGAAAGCCACGGGAUAUCCACUAGCUUUCAUCGCUGCCAAGCUCGGUCUUGGUAUACCACUUAACGAAAUCAGAAACUCAGUGACAAAAGUAACGAGCGCUUGCUUCGAACCUAGUUUAGACUAUGUGGUGGUCAAAAUACCUCGGUGGGAUCUGAAAAAGUUCAAUCGCGUCAGUCGCCUGUUGAGCAGUAGCAUGAAGAGCGUGGGCGAGGUAAUGAGUAUCGGGCGAACAUUCGAGGAGACAUUCCAAAAAGCUAUUCGAGCUAUCGACGACCAGUUCUCCGGGUUUGCCCAGAACGAUUACGUCGAGGAUAUUGACGAGGAAUUGGUCAAUCCUACGGACAAGCGCAUCUUCGCCAUCUCUACGGCCUUCCAUCGUGGAUACAGCGUUGACAAAAUCUGGAAAAUGACCAAUAUCGACAAGUGGUUCUUGACGAAGUUACAUCAUAUUUUUCAAACGGAAACUUAUCUCAUGGGCCUCAAUAUAAACACUAUCACCACGGAUGACUUACGUCGUUCAAAGCAGCUUGGAUUUUGUGACCGUCAAUUAGCAAGCUGUCUAGGUUCGACAGAGCUUGCCGUUCGGCGCCUCCGCCAAGAGCUCGGAAUUGCACCCUUUGUCAAGCAGAUCGAUACCGUUGCCGCCGAAUUCCCCGCCUUCACUAAUUAUCUCUACACGACUUACAAUGCCAUCGAGAACGAUAUUACGUUUGAAGAGCGCGGAGUGAUGGUUCUUGGGUCUGGCGUCUACCGGAUUGGUUCUUCCGUCGAAUUCGACUGGUGUGCUGUCCGAGCUAUUCGAACACUCCGAGAUCAAGGUCUGCCGACAGUCAUGGUCAACUACAACCCAGAAACCGUCAGUACGGAUUACGACGAAGCCGACCGCUUGUACUUUGAGAAUAUCAGCUUGGAGACCAUCCUCGACAUAUACGACACGGAGCAGGCGCGAGGUGUCAUCCUGUCCAUGGGAGGCCAGACGCCGAACAAUAUUGCUCUUCCCCUGUACCGACAGAAUGUCAAAAUAUACGGAACAUCUCCGGAAAUGAUCGAUACUGCUGAAAAUAGGUUCAAGUUCUCCCGUCUUCUGGACGAGAUAGGUGUCGACCAACCGUUAUGGAAAGAGCUGACCAGCUUCGAGGAGGCAGAGGCUUUUUGUGAAAAAGUCGGCUACCCGGUUCUAGUCAGGCCUUCGUAUGUGCUUUCGGGUGCUGCUAUGAACGUUGUGUCCACCGGAGAUGACCUAGCCAAUUACCUCACACAAGCCACGGCUGUCUCGCGCGAUCACCCUGUUGUCAUCACAAAGUACAUUGAACAAGCUAAGGAGAUCGAAAUGGAUGCUGUCGCCAAGGAUGGGAAACUGAUCAUGCAUUACAUUUCCGAGCACGUCGAGAACGCCGGUGUACAUUCUGGAGAUGCCACUUUGAUCCACCCUCCUCAAGAUUUAGACCCACAAACAGUUCGUCAAAUCGAAGAGGCCACUGCCAAAAUCGGUAAUGCGCUCAAUGUUACCGGACCAUAUAACAUUCAGUUCAUCGCCAAAAACAACGAGAUCAAAGUCAUUGAAUGUAAUCUUCGAGCAGCUCGUUCCUUCCCUUUCGUCUCCAAAGUCACUGGCAUAGACGCGAUCGAAAUGGCCACCAAAGUUAUGCUCGGAAUUCCGGUUGAGCCAUACCCAGACGCUGGCAUGCCUUCUGAUUACGUCGGUGUCAAGGUUCCGCAGUUCAGCUUCAGUAGGCUUUCAGGAGCCGAUCCUGUUCUCGGUGUUGAGAUGGCUUCUACGGGCGAGGUCGCCUGCUUCGGCAAAGAUAAAUACGAAGCUUAUCUAAAAGCUCUCAUCUCGACCGGGAUCGUUCCUCCAAAGAAAAAUAUACUGUUCUCGAUUGGUAGCUAUCGAGAGAAGCUUGAGCUUUUACCUUCUGUGCAAAGACUGAGUGCUGCAGGGUACAAUAUCUUCGCUACAUCUGGAACUGCCGACUUCCUGACAGAGCACAAUGUUUCUUGCAAGUACCUCGAGACGUUGGGAGAUGACAGUCGGGACGCGCAAAAGUCUGAAUAUUCACUCACUCAGCACCUUGCAAAUAACCUCAUCGACAUGUACAUCAAUUUACCAUCCAAAAAUCAUUACCGCCGCCCCGCCAGCUAUACGAGCAAGGGUUAUCAUACUCGUCGUAUGGCCGUCGAUUUUGCCAUACCCUUGAUCACCAACGUCAAAAACGCGAAGAUGUUAGCCGAGGCCUUGGUGCGGAAACUACCACUCGACGUGUCUAGUGUUGAUUCCAAGAGCUCGCAUCGCACACAUACGUUCCCUGGCUUGGUAAACGUCGCGGCCUUUGUUCCAGGACUUGCUGUACCAAAUAGUCAAGACUUCAUCGAUGCGACCCGCGCCUCAAUUAGCGCCGGGUUCACAACCUCCAUUAUUAUCCCACAAGCUCAGGACAAUGGAAUAGUCGAUCGUGCGACCCUCGAGGUGGCGAAGGCAAACGUCCUCGGGUCCGCCUACUGCAAUUUUGCACUGAGUUUGUCUGCAUCCGCCGAUAACGUUCAUGUCUUCGAUGAAGAACUUAAAGCAGACGCCAAAGCUCUAUUCAUUCCUUUCCGUAUCGCCAACAAACCCAUUCCUUUGUCUGCUGUCGCUGCCCACUUUAGCUCUUGGCCUACGGAAAAACCUAUUAUUACAGAUGCCAAGGGUUCGGACCUUGCAUCUUUGCUCCUCCUUGCUAGCCUACAUAGUAGAUCCAUCCAUGUCACCGAUGUGCAAACUAUCGACGACGUGCUUUUAAUCUCUUUGAGCAAAGCCAAGAAUCUCAAAGUGACGUGCGACGUUUCGGUGUACUCUCUUUUCUUUACACGCGAACAAUUUCCUUUGGCUCCAUUCUUGUCAUCCCUUGAAGAUCAAAAGGCCUUGUGGAAGAAGCUUGACUUGAUUGAUGCUUUCUCCGUAGGUAGCUCACCCUACAAGAUGGCCGUUGAGAUUAACGAGGUUGGCUCUGCGGCUUCUGGGAUGGAGGAGGCACUUCCCCUACUACUUACUGCUGUCACUGAAGGCCGGCUAUCCUUGCAGGAUAUCACUACUCGCCUGCAUGAUAACCCGGUCCAGAUAUUUGGUCUUCCCGAGCAGGCCCAGACUCAUGUCGAGGUAGUGCUCGGUCGGCAGGCCCCCUUCGUGACACGUCCUUCAUGUUGGUCGCCUUUAGGACAAACACUCGUGUCUGGUGCUAUCCAUCGGGUGAUUGUUCAUGGUCAAACCUCCUUCCUUGAUGGCUCCCUCUCCCAAACUCCCUUGGGCAAGGACAUUUCCAGCGCCACUAUUAGUCAUGGCUUAAGCGCUGUUGUACCUCCCUCUCCCGCCCUUAAACCAUCCGACCAUCUGGUGUCUACAACUUCUGUGACUCAGUCUCAGGCUGGCGGAUCUUUGAUGUACGGGCCACUGACUCACAGCCAGAAGCACUUUACGUCGAUUCAACCUCACCCCUCAUUCUACCGGCGUCAUAUUCUCUCGGUCAAACAAUUCACCCACCGGGAUAUGUAUGAUCUCUUCUCCCUCGCGCAUGAGAUGCGUCUACAAGUCGAACGAAACGGAACUCUUGACAUACUGAAGGGCAAAGUUUUAUGCACAGCAUUCUACGAGCCAUCGACUCGUACUAGCUCCUCUUUUGACGCAGCCAUGAAACGCUGUGGCGGCCAGGUGGUACAGAUAACUGCGGAUAGCUCGUCAGUUGUUAAAGGGGAGUCUCUACCAGACACAAUUAGGACGUUGGGAUGUUAUGGAGAUGCCAUCGUCAUCCGGCAUCCUGAUGUAGGGAGUGCUCAGACGGCUGCGAAGUUCUCUCCCGUACCGAUAAUCAAUGCUGGUGAUGGGGUUGGUGAGCACCCUACACAAGCUUUACUUGAUGUUUACACGAUCCGUUCGGAACUUGGUACCGUGAACGGGCGGACUAUCACACUGCUUGGGGAUCUCAAGAAUGGACGAACAGUCCACAGUUUGGUGAAGCUAUUGUGUUUGUAUCAAGUUCGUCUCAACUUUGUGUCGCCACCGUCUUUGGCCAUGCCUUCCGGUGUAGUAUCUGCCGCUCGAAAAGCUGGCGUUCCGGUACAUCAGUGCGAAUCUCUGGAUGAAGUCCUCGCCGAUACUGAUGUAUUAUACGUGACACGGGUUCAGAAAGAAAGGUUUGAGACGGAGGUCGAAUGGCAGCAGGUGAAGGAUGCAUAUCGUGUCGAUCACGCAGUAUUGUCCAGAGCGAAGGAGGAAAUGAUUGUCAUGCAUCCUCUUCCACGAGUCAAUGAAAUUGAUGCCGAAGUCGACUUCGAUUCUCGUCGUGCGGUGUAUUUCCGACAAAUGCGGUACGGUCUUUUCAUUCGAAUGGCUUUGCUUGCUAGCGUUAUGGGCUAG